AUGCCUAAACGGAUCGCUUUGAAGAAAACCAUCAAGAGGGUAAGUGCAUACUCCCCAAAUUCUCCUUGAUACUCGAAGAUCUCGAAACUGGUAAACUCUUUUGUACCUCGAGGCGCCAACCUCAGUUUACAAGCUGUAGUCAUGGGUGACAAACGGCCCUGUUUCUGUAAAUGUCAGGCCCGGCCGGCAAAAACCAGGCCCGGCCCGACCCGGUAAAGCCCGGUUAUGGUGCGAACUGAAAAAAAUUUUGAUCUUACCGCCUAUGUAGUUCUAAAUGCCCGGUGGCCACACCUGGCUGUAAUCUGUCGUUUUUCGCAGUCUGCCUGACGCAAGGGCGCGAGUUGCAAAAAAAAAUAAUAAUUUUGUACUGACAGAACUUCGUGGAUAGUUAUCGGAUUACGUGUUUUUGCGUUUCAGAUUGCGAAGAAGGAGCGUCGUGCUAAGAAGAACCGCAAGGGCCAUCAGGAACAACCAUCUUCUCCCAGCCAUGUUCAACUGGACAAGACUUUGUCGGGAGAAUCGGUCGAACAACAGUUUGGACCCUUCCAAAUUAAAGAAGAACUCCUUCCCCGUCCUUUGCAACUCCUGAAGAUUGUCGAGAAAGCAAAGGAUGAGGAGAGUAUUCAUCUGGCUUCUUCGGUCUUCCCAGAACACUCUGAAGUCGUGAAGCCAUCAGCUGAACAGUCAGAUGUUUUGGUGGAGCCAACUGAGCAAGAGUUCGUGAAGGAUGAGGAGAGCGUUCAUCUGGAGUCGAGCAUCUUCCCUACUCGGACUGUUCCUUGUCUUUCUGCUGAGGCUCCUUCAGUCCAUCUGGCUUCGUCUGUUUUCCCCACCGGAAGCAGUGCCGAACCUCUGGAUCUGAAUGCUCGUCAGACUUUGAACAGGAUCAUCAACAAGAAGGUAUGCUAUGCUUUGUUUUUUAGUCUAAAUUUUUACGUUGUAAUGGAGUCCGAUGUUUAUUUUGUAUUUCCUUUUAGUCUCGCAGUGUGGAGUUCAUUCGCGCCAAACCAAUCCCACCAAAGAGAACCAGUGUAUCGGCUGAGCCCAUCAAACCCGAUGCUCCUCUCAAUGUGUUGGCUCAGUUGAGUUUGGCCAUCCAGAGAAGUAAGUCACUUCAUGGAUGAUAUAAAAUAGUGGCUAAAUAUUAGUUUUUCGCUUUAUUUUUAGACAAGAUGAUCUUGGAUCAUCUUCUCCGCAACAAGGAUCAAGUGAAGAGUGCCGAGAACACCGAGACCUGCUACUGCAACCUCACCAGUCUUCUCCAUUCCAAUCGCGAGCGUCCUUGUUUGGAUGAAAUCUCCAAACUCCCGGCCAGAUUUUAUGAUUCUUGUUGGCUUCAAGCGUCUCUGUCCACGAUCCCUUCUUCCACAAUCAAUUCAGAUUCGGUCACUUCCUCCGUUUUCAAUACUUCCAAGACUUCUUUGGUCCAAUGGGGAGCGAGUGUGGGAACUCAGACCAGUGUGGACGAUCUGAACGAUGACCCGUGGAAACACUUCCAGCUAUUACCAAUUGCCGCUAGCCGCGAAUCCGUUGGAAAUCAAGGUAGGGUUUGGAUAUCAAUUUGUAUGAACCAGAUAUUUAUGAUACAAUUCGUGUUUAUGAGUAUUAUUUUACCGUAAAAGACCAGAUUUAUGCGUUGCAGGACUUCGCGGAGUGGCCAUGGACUGUUCCAGCGUCGCCGAACUCAUCCAUCAUCUGGGAGAACCCACCUCAAUCAGUGUCUACAUUGAGAAGUUGGAAGAGAUCUGCUGUGAUUACUUGAAGCUGGUCAAGAAGGUCUAUUUGCCACCUCAGAAUAAACACUGA